GAGGCGGAAGUGAACCAAAAGCAAACUUUUCUGGUUCAUCCAUAUGUGAUAAGAAAUAGCUACUGUUAUGUUAUUCAAGUCACUCGUAGGGAGUGCCUGCACUCUGGUAGGAGCUGCCACCGUCUUAAAAUUCGCCCCAGCUGAAGCCAAGGCCCAGGCCGCCGCUCUGCUCCACGGCGCCGUCAGGAAGUCUUAUCUGGUGGAACAAACCAACAUGAGGGUCGAGCUUCUCCCAGCGCUCAGCGACAACUACAUGUACCUGCUGAUCGACACAGAGUCCAGAGAGGCAGCGAUAGUGGACCCCGUGGAGCCCAUCAAGGUUGUGGAAGCCGUCAGGAAACAUGGCGUGAAACUCACCACUGUCCUGACCACCCAUCACCACUGGGAUCACGCCAGCGGAAACGAGAAGAUGGUGAAGAUAAUGCCGGGACUGAAGGUGUACGGCGGAGACGACCGAGUCGAUGCCAUUACGAAGAAAGUUUCUCAUUCCAACACGUUCAAACUUGGAUCACUGAAUGUGAAAUGCCUGUUUACGCCGUGUCACACCACCGGUCACAUCUGCUACUACGUGACCAAAGAAAACAGCACCGAGCCGCCGGCUGUUUUUACAGGAGACACUCUGUUUGUGGCUGGUUGUGGUAAAUUCUUCGAGGGCACAGCAGAGCAGAUGUACAAAGCCUUGAUAGACAUUCUGGGACGCCUGCCUCCUGAAACACGGGUGUACUGCGGCCACGAGUACACCGUCAGCAACCUGAAGUUUGCCCGUCAUGUGGAGCCAGACAAUGAAGUCAUUAAGAAGAAGCUAGCGUGGGCAAAGGAGAAGUGCAGCAUCGGAGAACCAACUAUUCCGUCCACUUUGGCAGAUGAGUUCACGUUUAACCCCUUUAUGAGAGUGAAAGAGAAGUCCGUGCAAGACCACGUGAAGCAGACGGACCCCAUCGAAACCAUGAGAAGUCUCCGGAAAGAAAAAGAUGGCUUCCGAGUGCCCAAGGAGUGAAGUCCUGAACGCUCGUGUGGAGAGUUUGAACUGCUCACAACACUGCAGCCUGACAAUGAUAUGCUGAAGAAUAUAAUUAACUGCAACUCAUCUCCCAGGCCAUUUGGAAUAGAUCUGCUCCAUGCACUCUGAGUGAAGGUUCAUCCUUUAGCUUCAGCCGUAACAAGGCUAUAAACCGUCUGUCAUUCUGUUCGUUGUGUUUGUUUGACUGAUGUGACAGUUUUAAGGAAUAUAUGGCCAUUAAUUGAAUGCUUUAAAAUGACACGUUCAGUUUGUUAAUCCGUAAAUGUUUUAGAGAGUUUUAGAGUCUAUUUAGUACCAUGUUGUAAUAUAUUGAUGUACAGACUUCUGUUUCAUUCAGUGUUUGAAUCUGAAACGAGACAGGCAGCCGAUCAGGGAGCAGAGGUCGGCUUUGUGUUCCACCUCUGGGAGCUGAUCAAGCAACAGGUAGAAACUUCUUGGUCUGUAAAAAAUUGUAUCAAUGUUUUAUUCUGACCUAGAAUGUCUCCUCAUGCCGUUUAUUUUCAUAUCUGCUGAAAGGCGCUUAGUCUAGAACUUUAUAUGUCAGACUGCUUUUUAUUUCUUCUUGUAUUUAAAAGCAUUCGGCGAGCGCAGCGUUGUCCACUUACUGUUGUCUGCAGUUAAUGCUAAAUACCCUGAAGGCUCCUUUUGCCUGUAAAGUACAAUCUCACAAAGAACACUGCAUGAAUUUCUCUGCAAAAAGCAAUAAAACGCAUUUGUUGGAAGCAAAAGUCUGCGAAUAAACUGAAUCAAACACGUUGAAAAUCA